AUGUCAUUCAACAGCUCACUGUCCAGGAAGAAAGACGCCGCAGAGAGCAGCGGGGGAGGGACCAUCGGUGAUUCGGCUCUUCACCGAAAGUCUAUUUCAACAUCUCGUUCCAUGGGACUAUCAGGAGAGCGGACAGUAAAGAGAUUGCGGUUGUCCAAAGCCUUGACAGUGCCUGAAACUACAAGUAUUCAUGAAGCUAGCCGUUGGAUGGCUGCUCGUAGAGUUGAUGCUUUGUUGCUGACAGAUUCAAAUGCAUUAUUGUGUGGAAUCCUGACGGAUAAUGACAUAGCUACCAGAGUCAUUGCUUGUGAGGUUAAUCUUAUGGAAACACCUGUGUCCAAGGUUAUGACGAGGAAUCCAGUUUUUGUGCUUUCUGACACUCUCGCUGUAGAAGCCUUGCAAAAGAUGGUACAAGGAAAAUUUAGGCAUUUACCUGUUGUUGAGAAGGGAGAGGUUAUUGCUUUACUUGAUAUAGCAAAAUGUUUGUAUGAUGCUAUUGCUCGCAUGGAGAGGGCAUCUGAGAAGGGAAAGGCCAUUGCUGCUGUUGUUGAAGGAGUUGAGAAACACUGGGGGACAUCUCUGUCUGGUCCUAAUAUAUUCAUCGAGACACUGAAAGAGCGAAUUUUCAUGCCCUUAUCUACAAUAAUUCCUGAGAACUCAAAGAUUGUAACAGUUGCUCCAAGUGACACAGUACUAGUUGCUGCAAAAAAGAUGCUUGAAUUCCGGACAAGCUCUGCUGUUGUGACAGUAGAAAACAAACCGCAAGGAAUUUUAACUUCAAAGGAUAUGUUGAUGCGAGUCAUAACUCAAGACCUUCCUCCUGAGUCUACUCUGGUGGAGCAGGUGAUGACACCAAAUCCAGAAUGUGCAACAGUCGAUACAUCUAUUGUCGAUGCUCUUCACAGUAUGCAUGAUGGGAAAUACUUACACCUUCCGGUUGUUGAUAGAGAUGGAAUUGCUGUUGCUGUUGUUGAUGUGCUUCAUAUAACCCAGGCUGCUGUAGCCACAGUGGGAAGUAAUGCUGGAGUGAACAGCGAGGCUUCUAAUUCUAUGGUGCCAAACUUCUGGGAUUCUGCGAUGGCUUCCACUCUAGAUGAUGAGGAAGAGACACGGAGUGAGGAUUACUUGAAGCUGGCUUCUGAAGUAGCAGAAACCGGUCAAUCUCUUUCCCAUCUUUCAUCCAGCAUGCCCUAUACAUUUGCUUUCAAGAUUCAAGACAGAAACGGAAGAAUGUAUAGGUUCAUCUGUGAUACACGAAACUUGACAAACCUCCUUACUGCUAUCACUCAGAGAUUGGGGAAUGACAUUGACCGUAACUACCUUCCACUGAUUCUGUAUGAAGACGAAGACCAUGACGAAGUUGUACUUGCAUCGGAUAGUGAUCUUCAAGCAGCUGUGGACCAUGCAAGGUUGGCCGGUUGGAAGGGACUAAAAUUGCAUUUAGAUUAUUCGGAAUCACCUCAUCGGACGAGAAGUUCCAGCUCUGGAAGCCUGGAUUAUGCUCAGUCAGAUGCUUGGGCUUCAGCAUGUAGUGCUGUGGCAGCCGGGGCAGCACUAAUUGCAGGUUUAGGUGUGUUGACAUACUUGAGGCGAGACCGGUAA